AUGGCCACCCCCAGUGUUCUCACCUUUGACGCUGAGGGUCGGGCUGUUGACUUUGAGGUCUGGGUAGAUGAUCUGCAGCUUUUCCUACACUGCGAUAGGGCAGACGGUCUCUCUCUGUUUGACCUCACCUCUGGUGCCUCUCCUGCCCCUGCUGCUGAUGCUGACGCCACUGUUCGCUCACAGUGGGCCACGCGCGAUGCUGUUGCUCGCCUUGCUGUGCGCCGCCACUUACCGACCGCUGAGCGCGCGCAUUUUAGUCAGUACAAGAGUGCUAAGACCUUGUACGACGCUGUCGUUGCACGCUACUCUUCCCCUGCCACUGCUGCCCUUAGCCGCCUCAUACUGCCGUACCUCUUCCCUGACCUCGCCGCUUUUCCCACAGUCGCUGACCUCAUUACGCACCUUCGCACUAGUGACAUUCGCUACCGCGCUGCGCUUCCUGCUGAGUUCUGCGCCAAGAACCCCCCCCCUAUGUACAUCACCCUCUACUACAUAGUCACCCGGCUCCCUGACACCCUUCGCUCGGUCAGGGACCACUUCCUCUCUGUUUGCCCCACCACCCUCACCGUUGACCUCCUCGAGGAGCGCCUCCUAGCAGCAGAAAAGAGUUUAGUCGCUGUAGGAGCCUCUCGUGGUGACCCUCGUACCCCUGUCUUUGAGGGGUGCUCCCCCUCCCCCCUCUUGCCCUCUGUUGCCUCUGCUGCUGCGGCCGACCUCGUUGGUCUUGAGUCGGUCGGCGCGGCGUCUGCCCCUAGCGGGAGACGCCGCUCAGGCAAGGGCAAGGGGGGCAAGGGCGCUGGAGGAGCUGGCGGGGGCGGUGGAGGCGGCGGUGGAGGCGGCGGAGGGGGUGGGGGUGGCGGUGGGAGUGGUGGCGGGAGUGGGGGCACUAGUGGCGGCAGUGGAGGCGGAGGAGGCGGCGGUGGUGGCGGUGCGAGCGGAGGUGGUGGAGGUGGAGGCGGUGGUGGAGGUAGCGGCGGCGGAGGUGGAGCUGGUCGGGGCGGCUCUUCGCAGAGGGUCGGCUCCGGUGGUGGUCAGCGCCAGCAGCAGCAGCAGCAGCGCACUCGUGAGACCCCUUCCCCCCAGCAGCUUCGUGAGUGGUACACUGCUCGUCAGCGGGGUGGGGGUGCUGGCCCCUGUACCUACGUUCUACGUACAGGCGACCGCACGGGUGAGCAGUGUGGGGGUCCGCACUCCACCCAGCGCUGCUUCGGCCGCCUAACGGACGCUUGGCGUCAUCAGUUCCCCGACGCUACUGAGAUCCCUCGCUGGGGCGAGCUGUUUAGGGCGGGUGUUGCGAUCUUUGAUCUUGAUUAUGAUGCUAUUCUUGCUGCGCCGCUUACGCCGCUUAGUCGGCCAGUGGCAGUCGCUCUGGCAGACCCCUCUGGGGGCCCUGUCCUUGCCCACUUCUCCACUGUUCUACCGUGUCCGGCGGCCCCUUCUGGCACCCUGUCGGGUCUUUACCUCCCCUCGUUCUCUACGAACUUGGUGAGUGGUGCUGACCUCCAGGAUGGAGGGGUUCACCAGUUCACUCCUGCGAGUCAGCGAGUGACCCACUGUACCUGUGCUCGGACGGGCCGUCACUUGGCCACGUUUACCCGUCAGCCGGGGUCGAGCCUGUACACACUGACUACUGAGUCUCCUCCGGUCGCUGAGUCUGCUCAGGUAGCCGCGUCGGGUCAGGUGUUUGCUGCGGCGUCCAGGUCUGGUCCUGAGUCUGCCCCCUGCUCGUGUCGUCUCCUGUCUCACCAGACUCUCCUCUGGCACCACCGCCUUGGUCACCCCUCCCUGCCUCGUCUUCGAGGCAUGGCCUCCCGUGUCCUUGUCUCUGGUCCCCCCCGGUCCCUCCCUCCCCUUCCUCCGGGGCCUGCCCCUACCUGUGUUCCCUGCGUCGAGGGGCGGCAGCGCGCUGCUCCUCACUCCUCCGAGUUUCCUCCGACAGAGGCUCCACUGCAGACGCUUCACAUGGACGUGUGGGGCCCAGCCCGCGUCCGUGGACAGGGUCACGAGCGUUACUUCCUGCUGGUGGUUGACGACUACUCGCGUUACACCGCAGUCUUCCCCUUGCGCAGCAAGGGUGAGGUCACUGAAGUGUUGAUCGCCUGGAUCCGCGCAGCUCGUCUCCAGCUCAGAGAGAGUUUCGGCUCGGACUUUCCUGUUCUGCGUCUGCACUCUGACAGAGGCGGAGAGUUCUCCUCUGACCUUCUGCGAGCCUUCUGUCUUGCACGAGGCAUCCGCCAGAUCUUCACGCUUCCGGACUCUCCGCAGCAAAAUGGGAUUGCUGAGCGCCGCAUUGGCAUGGUCAUGGACGUCGCUCGUACGUCCAUGGUCCAUGCGGCUGCCCCCCAUUUUCUGUGGCCGUUUGCGGUUUGGUACGCGGCGCAUCAGAUCAACCUUCAGCCCCGGGUCUCCAUGCCGAAGACCUCCCCUGCUUUGCUGUGGACGGGGAAGGUUGGCGAUGCGUCUGCGUUCCGUGUCUGGGGAUCUCGGGCGUUUGUCCGCGACUUGUCUGCGGACAAGCUGUCCCCUCGUGCUGUUCCCUGCGUCUUCCUUGGCUUCCCCCCUGACGUGCCGGGCUGGCAGUUCUACCACCCCACCUCGCGCCGUGUUCUGUCCUCCCAGGACGUCACGUUUGACGAGUCGGUUCCCUACUACCGUCUCUUCCCCUACCGCACUGCGUCCCUCCCCCCCCCGCCGCUCUUCCUUACGCCAGGUCCCCCUCCGGUAGACCCCCUCCCCCCUCAGGGUCCUGCCCCCUCAGGUGUGUCUCAGGUAGACGCAGUCGACCCUGUCGAGGUAGCUGUUGACUCUGGUGCUGCUAGGGGUGCUGAGCCUCUGGGUGCUGGGUCUGGGGGUGCUGACUCUGGGGGUGCUGAGCCUGGGGGUGCUGACUCUGGGGGUGCUGCGCCUGGGGGUGCUGACUCUGGGGGUGUUGCGCUUGGGGGUGCUGAGCCUGGGGGUGCUACGCCUGGGGGUGCUGCGUCUGGGGGUGCUGAGCCUGGGGGUGCUGCGUCUGGGGGUGCGGAGUCUGAAGGUACUGGACCUGCUCGUGUGGCGUCUGGCGGUGCUGGGCCUGGAGGUUCUUCGGGUGCUUCGUCCCGGCGGGAGCUCCUCUCUCCACAGGAGCUGCGUGAGUGGUUUGCCCGGCGUUGGAGGCGAGCUGCUGGAGCUGGAGGUGCUGCGGGUGCUAAAGGUUCUGCUACUGCUGAGGGUGCUGGUGCCGCGGGUCCCGGAGGUGCUCGUACCGGGAGUACUGGAGCUGCUGGGCCUGCAGGUGCUUCUCGUACUGGAGCUGGUGGUGCUGCGGGCGUCGGUGCUACUGAGGGUGCUGGAGCUGGACCCGCUGCGUCUUCUGGUGGUCCGGCUGGAGCUGGAGCUGCUGGGGGUGUUGGCGCUGAGGGUGCCUCUGGUGCUGAUGCCUCUGAGGGUACUGGAGUUGGCACUGCUGGAGCUGGGGGUGCUGCUGGCGCUGGUGCUGUCGUUCGGGGUGCUGGUGCUUGUCCCUUCUGUCGGGCUCCUCCCUUAGAGUGUCCACCGCCUGUCCAGUCCGAGUCACAGUUACAGCCUACCUCUCCUCUGCCUGCUCCUUCUCCCUACACUGGUCCUACUGGAGGUCUUGCUGAGCGUCGUGAGCCUGCGUCUCGUCCUGCGUCGCCUGUCCGUGCUGCUCGCACUAGUAGUCGUGGUUCGCGUCAGCGUCCUCCCCCUGUCCCCGACACGCACCGGAUGUCUCUGCGUCCCUCCACUGCUCCGCUGCGUGCCCCUUUGCCUUCUCCUCCUGAGUCCUCUCUUCCUGUUCUUGCUGACCCGGAGUCGGACUCCCUUCGUGCUGCCAGUCCUACUGUCACGCGUCUCCUUGCUACUGUCGUCACUGACCCUUCCUUUGAGUCCGCUGCUGCGUCUGCCUUAGUUUCUGAGCUUGUCGACUUCGCUGCUCGCUGUCGCCUAGACUACGCUGCUAGGUGA